AUGAUAAAGUAAUUGUUAGCAAUAGUGGCAAUUGGUACACUAUCAAUAGUACCUUUUCUUGACAACACAGAUUAUAAUCCAUGGUUUGAAGGUGAUACAUUUAUAGUAUCAACUGAUGGAAAGAUGAAAAGAAUAAGCAGAUUUGAUCCAAGUUGGAAACCAUAAUCAGCAUAUGAGUAAAAAUAGAAAUAAAUAAAUAUAGAGAUUAUCAUGAAGAGAUAUAUCAAGAAUAAGAAAGGUAGCGCAAAGAGAAAAUGUCAGAUUUUUUGAAGAGUACAGCAAAUGUGUGUACAAAUGGAAAAGAUCAUACAAAGAUGAGUUUAGAGACAUAUAUGAAUGAAUUUAUAAAUGGUCCUUGCUAACCAGCAGUAUUGGUACCUGGAUUGAUAGGUACAGCAUUAUAGGUAUAUAUACAGAAUUGUAUAGUUUAAUAGGUAAAGAUUGAUUGUGAAACAUUAUAAACAAAAAGACCAGAUAUUUUUGAGAAUUGUGGUUGGCAAACUUGUAGUGCAUCAAAAUUUUGGUUAAAGAAACCAAGUGAUGAAUAUAGAAUGUGGAUAGGAACAUUAACUGGUCCAUUUUCAAUAGCUAUGACAAAUAAGAAGGAUAGAUGUUUUGGUGAUUUUAUUGAACUUUAUUAUGAUAAAUCUAAAUAGGAUCCAAGAGAAAGAUAUACAGCAGCUCCAGGAAUAGAAAUAACAUGGGCUGGUAAUACACCAAAAUCAAUGGAUAAUGAAUGUGGAACAACAGCUAUUUAAGAGAUUGCAACUGAUUCAAUAAUAAAGUCAGCAAUGUGUGAUCCAAAAGGAUAUCAUGUAUUUUCAGACACACUUAAAAAUAUGGGUUAUAUUCCAGGAUUAACAAUGCAAGCAGCACCUUAUGAUUUUAGAAAAUCUAUCGCAGCUUCUGAAUCAUAAUAAUACAUUAAAAAAUCAGUUUAAACAUUUUAUAGAUUGACAGGAAAGAAAACAUAUAUUUUUGGACAUUCUUUGGGUUCACUUCAUUCAACAGAAGCAGUUUAUAGUAUGAGUUAAGCAGAAAAGGAUAAAGUUGCUGGUAUAGUAACAAUAGCUGGACCUUUAUUAGGAGCAACAAAAACAUUUAAACCAUAAGUAGGUGGUGAUGAUAGUUUUAUGUUUAAAGUAUUAAUAUUAGAUGCAGGUAUAAAUUGGUAUGCCUAAAGAAAAAUGGCUCGUACUUCUGCUAGUAUAGUGGAUUUAUAUCCAAAAGAUACAUUUACAAGAUUUAGAGAUGAACCAUGGAUGUAAGAAAUUCUUGAUAGAAUGUAAUGGGAUAAAGAAUUCAUUUCUACAGGUAAAAGACCAUCAAGACCAAAUCCUUUAUCUUGGUUCCCAGAACCUAGUGAAAUAUGUGGUGCUGAUUUUGCAGAUAGAUCUAAUCAUUGUUAAUUAUUAAUGCAUGAUAUGAGUGAACACUUUUUAAAAGUAGUUAAUAAACUAUAUUAUUCUACUGAUGAAUCAACUAGAGAAGCUAUUAAUGACAAUAUCAAUCCCGAUGCAGCAAAAUAAAUAUUAGAUUAUGUUGAUGAAACUACCAGACCUAAAGCUAAUAAUGUUGAACAUCCAGGAGUACCUAUGGUUGUUGUUUAUGGUGCUCAUGAAAUGACUCCAUUCCAAUUUGAAUAUAACAAAUAACCAUAACCUAUUGUUGAUUCCACUGAUGAUUUCUACUUCCCAGAUCAUAUCAUCAAAGCUAUUGGAGAUAGUACUGUUCUUGCUUCCUCAUCUAUGACUCCAGCUAUUAAAUGGAUUUAUGAACAUCAUCAUGGAUUGACCAAUAUCCCAACCAAAUUAGUCGAAUAUUGUUCAUAAUAUAAUGGAGAUUCUGUCUCAUCCAUCUAUGAUUCUAAAGAUGGUCAAGGAUAAAAACUAUUUACACAAUCAGGAUAUUUAGGUCUUACUUGCUCAUGUAAAUAUGGAAAAACUGUAUUCUUUAUUAUUAAUCUAUUUUUAGGGAAUUGACCAUUGUGGACAUGCUUGUAUGAUUCAAGAUACCUUAUUCAUCGAAUUUGCUUCUGAUGUCUUAAUGACACACUGGAAAUCUACAAUCCCUUCAACACCUGCUACUGAAGCUGAACUUAAAAAUAUUCAUGAAGGAUGUACCAACUUGCAUUGAUUCUAACAUUCCUAUUUACAAUUUAAACAAC